AAACACGGGCCGACGACCUCCGAAUUGAGGGGCAAUAUAAGAACCACGACUUGAUAUCAAUCCAUUUUCCCGUUAUUUUUUAUUUUUUUAACUCCACAUACACUUUUUUACGCUGUUUGCUGUACUUUUUUACCCAUGAACAAAAGUUCCAGUUCGUCCUUAAAUGAUCGUCAUUUAAUGAUGAUCUUGGCAGGCACACUGGGUCUGGGUGCUUUGGCCUGGUUACUUAAAAAUCAAUUCACCAGCAAAACGGUCGCUUCAACGAAAAACGUUGCCCGGGUUCCAAAACAGAAGACGGAAUCCAUUGCCGAUAAAAUGAAAAAUGAAGGUCGCCGAGUUUGCAUCUUUUAUGGUUCGCAAACAGGCACAGCCGAAGAUUUUGCAUCACGCUUAGGAAAGCAGUGUAAACAAAAGGGCAUUGAAGCUAUUGUUGCCGAUAUCGAACAGCAUGAUAUGUCUUGUUUGGAUCAAAUCCCGUCCGACAGUUUGGUGGUGUUUGUGGUGGCCACCUAUGGUGAGGGUGAACCCACCGAUAACGCUGUGAAGUUCUGGGACCUGCUUCAUGCCGAACAACCCGAAUUCUCGCAAGGCACAGGGGACGAUCAGCCUUUGAACAACUUGCGCUAUUUUGUGUUUGGUUUAGGUAACAGCUCUUACACCUAUUUCAACGGGGCCGCUCGAGUGAUCGAUGAGAAGCUGCGGAAAUUCGGUGCUACCAGACUUGGUGAACGAGGUGAAGGCGAUGACGAUGCCGACAUUGAAGACGAUUUCCUUGCCUGGCAAGAACAGUUCUGGCCGUUGUUGGCAGAAAACCUUGGUGUGACGGCCAACGAAGAAGCAGACACUGUCACUGUGUCCACCUAUGUUGCCGAAGAAAUCGAUGCAUGUGAGAAUCCUCAUUUGGGCGAAUUGGGAGAUGCAACACAGACAAUUUGGGACGUCAAGAAACCGUACCCCGCUCUUGUUACAACAAAAGACAUGACGGCCACCUCCGAUAGACACUGCAUGCACAUUGAUCUCGACAUUACAGGUUCCGGCAUCUCUUAUCAGACGGGCGAUCAUCUCGGUGUAUGGCCCACCAAUUCCGAAGAUGAAGUGAUCCGUGUGGCAGCGUUGUUUGGAUUGAAGGACAAGUUGGACAAGAUUAUUUCCGUCCAGUUCCGUGAUCAAUCGGCUUCCAAAAAGUCACCGUUCCCUUCCCCUACCAGCUACUUGGCCAUGUUCAGACAUUAUCUUGAAAUCUGCCAGCUGCCAAGCCGUCCCACUUUGAGCUUACUCGUCGAUUACGCACCGAAUGAUGCAUGCAAGGAGUUAUUGAAGACUUUGGCCGACGACAAGGAGGAGCAUCGACGUGUGGUCCAGGAUGGUGUUCGUAACCUUGCCGAAACAUUGGAAUAUUGUCUCUCGAAAUCAGGUGUCGACGGUAGUGCAAAGGAAGGGGCAUUCAGCACUGUACCUUUGGAUAUCCUGGUGGAAUGCUUCAGUCGCUUGCAGCCACGCUAUUAUUCGAUCUCUUCAUCGUCCAGUGAAAGCCCUGAUGUUAUCAGCAUUACAGCCGUCACCCUUAGCUACAAUCCAGCCAUGGCUCCCGAUCGCAUGGUGUACGGUGUGAACACAAACUACCUGUGGGCGGUGCAUAACGCCAUUCACAAUACGGCAAUGGAAAAGGGAAAACCGGUGUAUAUGAUUGACGGCCCCAGCGGACAGUAUUAUGAUCAAAAGCUUAGUAUGGCAAAGAUUCCCGUGCACGUUCGUCGGUCCAAUUUUAAGCUGCCAGUCGAUACUCGGGCGCCGGUCAUUAUGGUGGGUCCUGGAACUGGUAUUGCACCUUUCCGAGGAUUUGUGCAUGAACGUGCGUAUCAAGCUAAACAAGGCCAACCCGUGGGUCCCACUAUCUUAUACUUUGGAUGUCGUCGAUCGACUGAAGAUUUUCUGUACGCCGAAGAGUGGCCCGAAUUGUUUGAACAGUUGCCAUCGCCCUCUCGCAUUAUUACCGCCUUUUCACGAGAAACUGACGCAAAAGUAUAUGUUCAGCAUCGUUUGAAGGAGAACGGCGCGGAGAUGUGGGACUUGCUGGAAAAAAAAGCCUAUUUCUACGUAUGCGGUGAUGCUAAACGUAUGGCGAAGGAUGUAUCUCAAACUGUGAUGGAAUUUGCGAAAGAAUUUGGCGGUUUGGAUGAUGCCAAAGCCACGGAAUAUGUUGAUAUGCUUCGUAAAACGGGCAGAUACCAGGAAGAUGUUUGGGCCUAAGUAGAUAAACGGAUCAUUGUUUUUUGUAUAUACUUGCUUCUUUUUUUUUCAUGUUUAUUCCCUUGCUUUAGAAAAUAGAAUAACCCUCGCUCUUGAUAAAUUAAAGAUAAUGUUAAAAGUCUCACAGAUCAAUGUAAUUCCUCAUGGCAUUUUUUAUGGUUGUAUUUUUUUUUUGAACUUGCAAUGGUAAAAAAACUCCGUUGCGCGAUUUGAAUCAUCAUUCAAAAGCAACCGG